AAACCCUUGUCCGGUGUGACAGCUGAAAAUGGGGAAGAAGAAGAGAGCCGCGAGAGAAGCAGCAGAACAAGUUACAGAGAAUGGCCCUGAUGAUAAUGCUAAAGUAGAGACCAAGCUUGAGCUCCUUAAUGUUGAUUCUUCUGAGAGAAAGAAGAAGAAGAAGAAGAAGAAGAAGAGAAAUAAAGAGGAAAACGACGGCGAUUCAAAUGAAACACCUACAGUUUCCAUUGCUCUUCCUGGCUCUAUUAUUGACAACGCUCAAUCCCUUGAACUUGCCACCCGAUUGGCUGGUCAGAUUGCUCGAGCUGCAACUAUUUUUCGAGUAGAUGAGGUUAUUGUGAUUGAUAAUAAGAGUACCUCAGUGGAUGAGUCUGAGUUGCUGAACCAAGAGAACAAUUCAGAUGAUAAUGAAAGUGGUGCAGCUUUUCUUGUAAGGAUUUUGAGAUACUUGGAGACACCACAGUAUCUGAGGAAGAGUCUUUUUCCUAUGCAUAACAACUUAAGAUUUGUGGGUCUGCUGCCCCCCCUUGAUGCCCCACAUCAUCUGCGUAGGCAUGAAUGGGCUCCCUAUCGAGAAGGCAUCACGUUAAAAAACCAAGCUCCUGAUUCUGCUGGAAGUCUCGUAGAUGUGGGGCUUAGCAAGAAUGUUUUGAUUGAUGAAGUGAUUGAACCAGGAAGAAGAGUAACAGUGGCUAUGGGCUCAAAUCGUAAUCUGGAUACAGGUCUAACUUAUCAAGUUGUCCCAUCUUCCAGGCCUAGGGAUGAAGUGGGGAUGUACUGGGGUUACAAAGUAAGAUAUGCUUCCAACAUAAGUGCUGUGAUAAGUAGCUGCCCAUACAAGGGAGGGUAUGAUCUUCUGAUUGGCACCUCAGAACAUGGAGUUGUUAUCAAGUCUUCUGAACUUUCGCUACCAUCAUUCAGGCACCUAUUAAUUGCUUUUGGAGGGCUCGCUGGACUGGAAGAAUGUAUCGAGGAAGACAAAAAUUUGAAGGGAAAAGAUGUGCGAGAAGUGUUUGACUUGUAUUUGAACGUGUGUCCUCAUCAAGGAAGUAGAACCAUACGGACUGAGGAAGCGGUAUUUAUCUCUCUGCAGUAUUUUCAAGAACCAAUUAGUCGGGCUAGAGAUGCGCCCAAAAGGAUCUAGCCACCUAAAGCCAUCAAAUAGCAGACGUAAUAUCAGAUAAUGACCAACCCUUUAGUCAGGUUUGAGGAUGACUAUUCUUCUUGUUCUGAAGCUUGUUGCCACGGAGAGCAAUGGUAUCAUGAAAAGGAGCAGAAAAAUAUUGCUUUCCUUGAGCUGUUUUCAUUGGAGAUUUCUGAAAUGGUGAUUUGAUGGAAAGGAAUAUGGGGCAUGAACAUCUGCCAGGCGGGUGUUUCCUCCUGCAGCCAGGAAAUUUUUUUCUUGUAAAUUUUACAUUUUUUGUUUGGCAAGCCUUGUAAUAUGGCACCAAUUGCUGAAACCUUUAUAUUGUAUUAGUAUUUAGCAGCUGCAAACAGCAUAAGAGUACUUGUAGAUGUGGGGUUUUUUCACCUGUCGUCUUUGCUAACCUUUUUUCGUGGCAAUUGCAUCAAGAAUUUCCUCA